AUGACAUCAUUGAAGCGUCCCUUCCACAACUUUGAUCAGACGUCAACCCUCGGAGAGGAAAGCUUUGAACAGACGUUGAAUCUUGACUGGGACAGCCAACAAUUCGCACAGGACCCAUCACGCUCUCCUCCUGACCAUAGACACUUGUCUCGAGCAGAUCAUCAUAACACCCACAGUUGGGGUACUGUCUGGGACGAAGUAGUCGGAAUUCCUCGAGUUGAUAUUGGCAAUGCUGCCGGUGGUGCCGAACUCACCUUCGACGAAAACAUAUUGCCUCCUAUCAAUGACACGCAUGAUGCAUUUCAAACGUGGUCUUUCGAUGACCAUGACCUUGGGUUUUUCGCUACUGACAGCCUGGACAUCCCCACCUUGAUGCCGACGGUUAGUGCCGAAUCUCCCCAGCCAGGCUAUGAGAUUUGCUAUGGAAUGAUCUACCGAGCAAAGGCCAAGCUUGAGGGUAAUAUGCCCGAAGUUUACCGUAAGCUCAAUGGGGACAUGACUCCAACGCGAAAUUACUUCAACGAGGACAUGAUCCCAGCGCGAAAUCAUUUCCUCCUGGAGGUGAUUUGUCUUGACGAUGAACUUUUCGUCAUUCUCCCUGAUGGGACUCGCCUUGCUCAGCUCAAUAUGCAUUUAUAUGAGGCUCUACAGGACCAUGUGAAGUCUCAAACUAUCCGUUUGGAAGCUUUGAUACACAAACGCAAAAUAUUCGAGGACAUUGCAGCCGCUACUCGAGAAAGGAAUGCACACACUUCCUUGAACAUCAAUGUCUAUGGAAGCUCCUCUGAACAUGAAAGAAUUGGUCGCGCACUCUCUAAUGAGAGAGUCUGGCUUCAACGUCCCGACUGGCUGAACCCAAAUACAACAUAUGAUAAUCCACACACCCUCAAGCUUGAGUCAAAUGAUGACCAAGUGGAUCUUGAAAUUGCCCCCGAGGACGAGGAACCAUCGGCAGAUACCAACUUUCAGCAGUCCGUCAACGAAAUGUAUUCUAUGCUCACCAGAGACUUGCAUCUCAAGGGUAUAUCCGGGGACGCUCGACUCCGUUCAGCGCUGUUCGCGCACCAAGAAAAGGCCCUUGAUUUCAUGAUACAAAGAGAAUCUGGUCCAAUUCCAGAAGGCUUUAAAUUAUGGGAACCGGCAUCCCAGGAUUCCGAGACUUGGUAUUACCACAAAGUCACAGGCAUCAAAUCAAGAACUCUCCCUACAGAGGUUGGUGGCGGUAUUCUGGCUGAUGAGAUGGGCAUGGGAAAAACCUUCUGCGUGCUUGCAUUAGUGGUCAGGACUCUUAACCAGGCAAUUUCCUGGUCAAAUGAUGCUGGUACCCAUCUGGCUGAAGGAAUAUCUCCAACGCGAAUACUCUCACGAGCAACCUUGGUUGUCGUGCCAUCUCCAUUAUUGUUGGCGACGUGGAAGAGCGAAAUCACUAAUCGUCUGGAUGUGCAAUUGAAGAUCUUGGUCCAUCACGGUAGUGGGAGGCCUUCCAAUCCCAAGAUAAUGGCCAACUACGACAUCGUUUUGACAACCUAUCACACUCUCAUUGCUGAUCACAAUAGGUCAGCUCCCACUGCAUCAGACGUUGCAUGGUAUCGGGUUGUUCUUGAUGAAGCGCAUUUCAUUCGUAGGAUGACUACUUCCUUGCACAAGCGUGUGGCCGAACUGGACGGAAAAUUUCGAUGGUGCCUGACGGGAACGCCUAUUCAGAAUGACCUAGAUGACCUUGGUUCGCUUUUUGCUUUUCUCAGAAUAUUCCCAUUCGAUCGAUUAGGCGUUUUUCGCAAGUUUAUCUCCGUCCCAUUCAAAGAGGGAGGCAGAAGCCGAUCCGAUGGACGACGGGCUUUAGUGAACCUUUUCGAUGCAAUGUGUAUACGGCGCACUAAAGAGCACCUCAACCUCGCAGAAUCCACUGAAAAUAUACACCACGUUUUCCUUUCUCAAGGCGAGCGCAAUCAGUACCAUAAAACGAAACAUGAUAUGAUGCGGGCGCUCCAGAACCUGGCUGGUGACUCUGAGAGCAGGAACAAGUUCUCCAUGUUUCAUGCUCAACUCCAGCUACGGCUGCUUUGUAACCAUGGAACCUUUCAGCAUCAAUUCCACUGGGCCAGAAGCAGAAAUUCUCGCGAUUCUCGGAAUGCCCGCGAAUUUGUCCUCACCGCUGCCGGUAGUGACGGAGAGGUGUUGUGUGCUGGGUGUGCCGAGAUGGUUCCAGGAAUUCUCUCAAAUCGAGCUCUUGAUCUGUCUGAUACUUGUGCACAUGUAUUGUGCCAGGAAUGCAGAGCUGGCUCGGGUGACGGAUGCCCUGUGUGUGAAGCAAGUUUUGCACCUUUGCGCCGGCCAACAAUAACUCAUUCUCAAGCCUCCACCGAGCAAGGCUAUUUUCUGCCGGGAGGCUACUCCUCAAAAAUGGUUGCACUCGUACAAGACCUAAUGCAAACCUCGUUGGACGACAAGAGCAUUGUGUUCACCUGCUGGACGACAACCCUCGAUCUGAUCAGCCAACAUUUACACCAUAGCCAUAUAGCCUUCCUGCGAAUCGACGGAGAACAUACCUUCGAAUACCGAACGAGGACCCUGCAACAAUUUGAAACCGAUUUCACAAUUAGAGUGCUCAUCAUGACGACAGGGGUAGGUGCCCUCGGCUUGAAUAUUAUCGCUGCCAGCCAAGUUUUCCUGGUCGAACCUCAAUGGAAUCCAACUGUGGAGGCUCAAGCCAUAGGACGCACAGUUCGAAUCGGGCAACGAAAAGCUGUACAAGUCACACGUUACAUUGUCAGGGAUACAGUCGAAGGAGAUAUUCAAAAGUUACAGCUACGAAAGCGCGGUAUCGCGAAUAUGCCUGGUCAGUCAAAGGAACCGGACGACCAAAGCAUUAAGCAGGAGUUAUCAUAG